GUACAACAUGUCUGCAUUGUAAACAGUACUGCAAAUGUGUAUCUUCAGAAUACAAGAGUAUCACAUCAUACUCUGUAAUCAACGUUAGCCAGCGUAAGGUCAACACAGGUAAGAGAGAGACGUUGACAACAAUCUGACAGUGACAACGUUGAAAUGAUGAUGAUGAUGAAGAAGAUGCGGACUGCUGCACAAUUCAGGUCUCAGUUGUGGAGUCUGAAGACGCCUCUGUCACAGAAGCUUUGCUGCCAUCUCCACUUACAAAGCUGUCAUUUUUGACAUGUAUGGAGUGCUCAUUCCGUCACCUGUCAAAGUGGCAACAGUGUUUGAACAACAGAACAGUGUUCCUCUGGGCAAGGCCAUCAGGACAGGUGGGGAGGCGAACGCGUGGAAGAGGUUCAUGCGUGGAGAGCUUGGGGUUGAGGAGUUUGUGGAGGCCUUCGGCAGGCAAUGCAGUGAGAUAGUGAGCGUAUGUCUACUACAUCACGACUAGCCAUGUAUCUCUGUACCUACAGCCUGUACCCUAUUGGCCCUGGUCAAAAGUAGUGCACUAAACAAGGGAAUAGGGUGCCAUUUGGGAUUCAGCCCCAUAUCUUCAUUCAUUAUCCCCCUCUGCUGCGCCACCCUCAGGCAGGAUGUCCUGUUCCCAUUGGCUCAUUCUUGUCUGACCUGACCAGUGGGCCAAUGACCAGGACUCUACCCGUCCUGAUGGAGGCCAUAUUGUGUGCUCGCUCCAGGGGCCUGAAGACUGCUGUUCUCAGCAACAACUUCCUCCAGCUGAACGGUGACCCCUUCCUGCCUCUGGACCACUCUCUCUUCGAUGUGAUAGUUGAAUCGUGUAGGGAGGGCCUCAAUAAGCCAGACCCCAGGAUCUACCACCUGUGUCUGAACAGACUGGGUGUCUCUGCCCAUUAAGCUGUGUUCCUGGAUAACCUGGAGUUCAACGUUAAGGCAGCUGCACAGCUAGGGAUGCAUGCUAUCAAGGCAUGGAAAACAUACCUUCUCCUUUCCCGCUCCGAGGGACUGAUUCUGCAGGUACAGGAUUUAGCAGAGGAUCAGACUGUUGUGGCAACAGAUCUUAAACUCUUCCAUUGCAGUCUCAUACAGAUCGGCCACCUGUACACCUCCACACACAGAGGCAUCAUGGCAGGAGUGCUGAGGGUUGUCCUAUUGCUGUGGGUCCUCCAGGUCUCUACCCGGGUCUCUGCCCAGGACUCAGAAUACGACCACCUGCUAGUGAGGCCCAGGAACAUCAAUGACCAAAAGGACAACUGCCCCAUCAACGUGUACUUCGCCAUGGACACCUCUGAGAGUGUUGCUCUGAGGGAGUUCCCCUGGGGCAGUCUGGUGGAGGAGCUCAAGGUGUUCCUCCAGAUGUUUGUGGAGAGGCUCCAGACCACCACCCUCAGGGCCAAGAGGGUCCAGUGGGCCUACGGUGGGCUGCACUUCUCAGACCGCGUGGAAGUCUUCAGCCAGGUGGUCACUGAUGCGGCAGUCUUCCUGGGAAGGGCACAGGCCAUCAGGUACAUUGGUAGGGGUACCUUCAUCGACUGUGCCCUGAGGAACAUGACAGAGCAGGUGAGGCUAGCGGCCAGGGGAAAGCCCCGGCUCCAGUACGCUGUGGUCCUGACUGACGGCCACAUCACUGGUAGCCCCUGUGGAGGGGUCUCACAGGCUGCCGAGGCUGCCAAGGCAGCUGGCAUCAAGAUCUUCGUAGUGGCCACCAACGAGGAAACCAUGGAGAGUGAGCUCAAGCAGAUUGUCAGUUCUCCUGUGGAGCUGUAUAGGAAGGACUACAUGGCAUUCCCAGCUAGCAACCGCCAGGCUGCUGUCAUCAGGAUAACUGACACCAUGAUCAAAGAGACUGAAUUUGAGUGCCAAGCUCCUAUGUGCAUCCAAACAGAAGGAGCCGCCGGGCCGAAAGGAUACAAGGGAAUGAAAGGAGACCUUGGUAUCGAGGGCCCGAUAGGUUUGCAUGGACUGAAGGGUCUUCCAGGCCUCAAAGGAGAGAAGGGAGAUAUUGGAGGAUCUGGGCUAAAGGGUCAAAGUGGAUCUCCUGGGUAUAAUGGCAUUGAUGGCGAAAAGGGAAAGACUCCCCUGGAUGUAAAGGAGAUGCUGGCAUGCCGGGAGAAGCUGGUCCUGCCGGUGACUUUGGUAUCAAGGGUGACGCGGGCAAGCCAGGUGAAAAGGGUGUUGCUGAGCAGAGUGGCAGGGCUGGACCACAGGGUGAUCGUGGAGACGGUGGAGAUAAGGGAGUUGCUGGUUAUGUUGGAAACCCUGGUCUGCCUGGGCAAAAAGGAACCAAGGGACUGGGGUCAAGCUGGACCUGGUGGAAAUCCUGGCCACACUGGAAGCAGAGGAGACAGUGGCAGAGCUGGACGACGGGGCAAGGCUGGCAAGAGAGGAGAUAAGGGCACCAGAGGUUAUAAUGGAGAGAAAGGAGCACAGGGGACUACAGGAACCAAAGGACUGGCAGGGGAGCCAGGGCAAGAGGGUGUUCCUGGGGACAGAGGGGUGAGGGGGCCACCUGGACCACCGGGAGGACCUGGUUCUCGUGGGGCCUCUGGUCUAUCGGAGUGUGAAAUCAUGGGAUUUGUCAGAGAAACAUGCGGCUGCUGUGAUUGUGAAAAGGUUUGCCCUCUCCUGGACCUGGUGUUUGUGAUUGAUAGCUCUGAAAGUAUUGGAAAAACCAACUUCAGCCUGGCUAAAAACUUUGUCAUCAGUGUAGCAAACAGGCUUGGGAAGAUGGCCAAAAACGUAUCUGACGUCUCAGGAUCUCGUCUUGGUGUGGUCCAGUACAGUCACCAGGGGGCAGUUCAGGCCAUCAGGAUGGACGAUGGAAGCGUCACCUCUGUGACAUCCUUUAACACAAAGGUCAAAGCCAUGGAGUGGAUCGCUGGAGGCACCUGGACUCCCUCUGCCCUGAAGUACACAUACGACCAGCUGAUAGUACCAGGUCGCAGGGGGAGGACCAAGGUGGUGGCCAUAGUUAUCACAGACGGUCGCUACGAUCCUAAAGACCUGGAUAAUCUUGGAGCCCUGUGUAACGGGGUGGACGUUUAUGCCAUCGCCAUCGGGGAUAUGUUUGACUCUGGGGCAGAGAGGCAGAAUCUGGAGAGGAUAGCCUGUAAUAUGGGCGACCGGGUGAAGACCCUGAGUGUCUACGCUGAACUUACAGCUGAGGAGUUCUUAGAGGAAAUAGAACAAAUCCUCUGCCCAGAACCAGAGAAUAUCUGUCCAGACCUGAAGUGUGCCUCAGAUUUGAGUUUGGCUCCAGUGAUCCAGCGCCCCGUAGACAUCCUCUUCUUCAUUGACGGUUCUGAGAGAACAGGGGGCAGAAAGUUCAUCAGUGUGCUGCACUUCAUCGAGAGACUCUCCCAAUCGAUCCCUCUCUCCAAGGAGGUCUCUUCAGGAGCUCGCUUCGCUGUGCUGCAGUUUGGAGGGGAGCAGGACCCUGAGGUUCUUCUGGACUUCUCUAACAACCACAGAAAGAUCAGCUCCCUGGUCUCUAAAGCAGUCUACCGCGACUCAUCCUCCACUCUGGGCAGCGCUAUUCUCUAUGCAACUGAGAACCUCGUCAGUAACCCUGGAGGUCAGUUCAGAGGGGUACGUCCGGACGCAGAGCUCACCUUUGUGUUCAUUACAGACGGAGUGACCUCAGACAAGAACUUUGCUUCCAUGAGAAGGGCCAACGCAGUGGGUGUUGCUAUCACAGUGGGAUCAGAUAUUGACAGGGAGCGGUUGCUGCAACUCACUCUAAGGGACAAAGCGCUCAUCUUUAACCUGAAGAGUUUCAAUGACUUGGCCCUCCCUGGGGUUGUUAAACACAUGGCUCUUUGCCUAGGUUAAACCAGGUUUGAAAUAUAUUCAGGGCCCCAUUUGAUUUAACCCUCCCCUGUAGGCUAACAAAGACCUAGAACUGAUUUUGUUCUCUAGGAUAUGUUCUAUACAAAAAAAGUGAUGAAUGAUAUGUCCUUUGAUGUAUAUUUUCUAUAAUGAUUUUUUAUUAGACUACCUUUUAAAAAAGAUUUGUGUAAAUAAUCUCAUUGAUUAGUGACCUCAAAUAUAUUUUUUCCCAAAUAAAGAUUUAUUCUCAUUAACAACAGAAGUAUAGCAUGUUCCUUAUAAAGUGUAGAGGUGUACAAUAUGUUACAUUGUGCCAUGUUCCAAUAACAAGACAGAAAAUAAACCACAUU